CUCUCUCCCACUCUCCCGCUCAGCAGAGGAGAGCAUUAGGGAUUUUGCUCCUGCUGUGUUGGUUGCAAGGCAGUCACAAACGCUGCUAUUUUCAGAGCAAUAUAUUUUCUGUGUGUGUGUGUGUGUGUGUGUGUGUGUUUUGUGUGUGUGUGUGCGUGCGCAGACGCUAGCCAUGAAGGACACGGCAUUGGCUCGCUCUCCUAGCGCGCUCUCUCUGUAACCCCGUGCGUGUGUGUGUGUGUGUGUGUGUGCACCUGCUGGAGACUGCCCGAGAGGAUGCGAGUGUGUGUGGGCAUGUGUGACGAGGAGAGCCAGGUAAAGCAGGGACCCGUCAGGGGGUGUGGUUAGAUGACAGGAGCGGGAUUCUCACACACGCACACACACACACCCUCACACACAUACGUACAGUAUGGCGAGUUUCGGUAAACUCACGGACUACUUCAACCGCCGACGGUCUCGAGACGAGAUCCGCGGAGGCAGAGAAUCUCGCCGGAGUGGAAGCUACUGUUACACAGCAGCUGAGGCCAGGUCGUUGGAGCGAAAGCUGCAGAGGCCGCUGCUGGCUAAAUCUCGCACGUUACCCAGCAUCCCCCAGUCCCCCACUGUGGCACGUGUGAUUAGUGAAAGUCCGCCACGCCGACGGCUACCCUCCAGUCCUGGCCACUCCAAAGCCUGCACUUUGCCUUCUCCAGGUGAGCUGUGGCGACUGGAGGAUGAUGAUGAUGAGCGAGAAGAGGCGCAGCGCGUGUGUGUGGAGUCGCCCCCGCGCUCCCAGUCCCCAUUCUCGCACUUUCGCUCGCGGGCGGCCUACCUGCGCAAGAGUGUGUCCGUCGACGACCAGCUGGGCGGGAACGAUAUUGACCACACCCAGGCAGAGGGGAAGGGCCAGCGAAGUGGGAAGAACAAACUGAAACGAAAGUUUAGUCUGGGUUCUGCAGACAGGAAAGAGCCCAAUCAGAGAAGGGUUGACUGUGUGAGGAUGACUCAGGCUCCAGAUCCCCUGCCCGCUCAGCGGAAGCCCUCCAGCCUGUCGUCUCCCAGCGCCGCGCGCCGCCUCUACCGCAACCUGUCCGGAAAGUUCCGCGUGGGGGCGGCCGGGGUGGAGGAGAGCGCCCCAUCCAGCCGGGAUAAGGAGCGUCUGCGCAAGUCUAGCGUGUUCCAGGGUGCGGAAGCCCUGUUUGAGGCGGUGGAGCACCAGGAGUUGGACGUGGUGCAGAGUCUGCUGUGGCAGUUCAGCCUGGAGGAGCUGGACCUGAACACGCCCAACAGCGAGGGCCUGCUGCCCCUGGACAUCGCCAUCAUGACCAACAACGUGCCCAUGGCCAAGCUGUUGCUACGCGCCGGCGCCAAGGAGAGCCCGCACUUUGUAAGUUUGGAGGGCCGAGCCAUGCACCUUGCCACCUUGGUCCGAGAGGCGGAGCAACGCGUUGCCGAGCUGGUUUCCAGAGUAACGGGAGAGGCACAAGGCGAGAGGGAGGAGCUUAAAUCAUGGGAGUGGCGACUUCGCCUCUACCGACGGAUGGAGACAGGAUUCCAGCAUUCCAGUCCUCCUGAUGCUCCCACUGGUGUGUGUUUGUCUGUGAGUGGCAGCAGCAGCCUCAGGGUACACUUCCAGGAGCCACUCUGUGUCAACUCAGCUACCGUCACCAAGUACAAAGUGGAAUGGAGUUUGUCUCCCUCCUUCAAUCCUGUCCUGGGUGAAAUAGUGGUAGAAGACACCACUCAUCUUCAGUGGGACAUCGGCAGUCUGACGGCAGAUACCUAUUACUAUGUGCAGGUAUCUGCAUACAACAUGAAGGGCUGGGGUCCUGCGCAGACAUCUGUACCAGCAUGUGCAACCCCCUCAAGCUGGAGAGAUAUUGACGGACGUGCGCCGCGUCUGAAAGGGCAGAAGGAGGCGCUGGAGCAGCUCUACGUGCAGAUCAAAGACUCACACACCCGAAUAUUAAUGCCAUGGUUCCCAGACCAGUGUAAAUCGGCGCCUCACAUCCGGAAGCACUCGGUGUCCAAAAGCCUGCGUCACCUCUUUCAGCCCAAUAGCAAGUUCAUCAAGAGCCUCAAAAGGGGGCUGUACCUGACAUGCAUCCUCUAUAGGGAUGAUAAUGUGCUUGUGACGCCAGAGGAUCAGAUCCCCAUAGUGGAGGUGGACGACUCCUAUAGCUCCUUAACUCAAGACUUCCUCUGGUUCACCAAGGUGUCGUAUUUGUGGGAGGAGAUCUCCUGGCUGCAGCAGUGCGUCGUCUCGGCCCAGUCCUCCUGCUCCUGCACGCUGCAGACUCGCCUCAAGAUGCUGCAGGCUGUCGCCCAGCUCCAGAACCUGCUGGGCACCCAUGACCUGGGCCAAGUCUAUUACGAGCCAAUCAAGGACAAGCACGGGAACGCCCUGCUGGUGCUGCUGCGGGACAUGGGUGCGGCGGGCGGUGUGGAGGGCAUGCGCUGGACCCCGCUCUGCAAACUGCAGCUGCAGCGCAAGAGCCUGUCCUCGCCCGAGGAGCCCACGGCGCUCGACAUGCUGCUUAUUACAUUACACGAAAAGCUGGCCUACCAUCGGCGGAGCAGGAAGGUGCUGUCCCCUGGUCUCUACCUGGGCUAUCUGAAGCUCUUCAGCACAGUGGAGCAGAUCAGGGUUCUGGUGCCACAGAAAAUCCCCAACGUCCUCUGUUACGUCAAAAUACGUGACAACAGCAACGUCUCAAGAGCAGAGUGGGAGUGGCUCCAAGCGGUCCGGUCCAUAGAGGAGGCCCAUGAGAUGGCCGCUGAUGAGCAGAGCGCUCCCCACCGCCUCCUGCAAGACCUGCGCAGCGCUGCCCGAGACCUCCUCAGCCACAUGAACAUCUCCAAGAAACAGGCCCAGGAGUUCCGCAUCUACACGCACGAGGUGUGUGAGUUCGGGCAGGGGGUGUCCGUCCUGCUGCUGCUGCCCCCGUGUGAGGACGUGUGCUCGGCCCCGGGCCAGAACCAGACCUACUCGCCCCGCACUGGCCUGCUCACGCUGCCACUGCAGGUCUUUGAGCUCGUUCACUUUGAGGCUUACUGUCCCAGUUUCAUCGGGCCUUUCUGUCGAGUGUCUGCACUCCUGGGGCUCCAGGCGCUCAUGUCCCAGCAAGCUCUACGGGAAGCCUUCUCCGAGUCAGAGCUGCUCACCGCUAAGCACAAACACCAACAAGUCCAGGAGCACAUGCAGCAAAUGGAGGAGCUGUGGCCUUGAGUCACCAUCUGGAUCAUGGGCCCGGCUGCAGAGCGUAUAAACAAACAGCCGGGCGGCAUCCUGCUGGCCUGGCUCAUGGACUUCUCCCGGGAGACGCUACCCGAGACGCCACGCUCCACGUCGUCAGCGCCGGAGUACCUGCCCUCCCCGCCAGCUUCCCCCGACAGCCACCGCAAACACUCAGAUCUGCCUGGUCUGUCUGAUGAGGAAGGUUCAUCCGAGGUCUUCCUCACCACCGACAGCGACUAUGACUCCAGUCGCGCUCAGAGCCCGCGGGAGCUGGACCUCCUGCCGGCGUCCCCGGGCGUGUGCGGCCGUGGCAGCGGGGUGGCGGCUGGCUCGCGGCCUGACGUGGUGCAGCUGGGCGGAGGUCCAGUCUCCGGGCGGGGCAGGAGCGGUAGCGGUGGUGGUGGUGGUGGCGGAGCGUCCAUCCCCGAGGCCUUCGACAGCGACUUCAUCCUGCCCAGCCGGCAGAUCGAGCUGCUCCGCAUCACCGAGAAGCGGCAGGCGCUGUGCGUACGCACCAGCAGCUUGGAGUGCCCGCCCACCUCCUCCUCGUCCUCCUCCUCCUGCGCCGCCAACGCCACCUCGCCGGGCCGCCGUCUCCAUGGGAACCACGGGCAGGCCCGCCCGGCGCGGCCCACGCGGGCCCACUCAGAGGACAGCGGCGUGAGGCGGCUCUCAGCGCCCACCUCCUCCUCCUCCUCCUCGGCCGGCUCCAGCUGGCACACCACAUUACGCAUUUACCCACAAUACCCCACCGGCCUGCCCAAAGAGACCAGCGUCAAGCUACGGGUCACCCCCAACACGUCGGCGCGGGAGAUGGUGCAGCUGGUGGUGCAGGAGAUGAACGCGGUGGCGCGGCAGCUGCUGGGCGGUGCUGACCGCUGCUCCUUCAGGGCCCGGUGAAGGCUGGGUGUGCGGCUGCC